AUGGAGUUAGGUACUGUAACCCAUCUUACAUGUUACAAUGGGAAACCAACAGUUGCGCGUGUGCCAGUUCUUCCCGGUAUCAAUUUAUACUUUUGCCAGGAUCCAGAGAUGAUUCGUCGCAUUUGGAAGGCGUCCGCCUCGUUGGAUGUCCGUCCGUUAGCAGCGCAUGUUUUCCGAAAAGCGUGCGGCAUGUCUCGUGAGGCUGCUAAUUUGUAUCUCUAUGAUAAGACGGGGAGAAACUUGAAGCCUUUGCCUGGCACAGGCUGUCUGGAGGACCUCCGGGUGCAUCGUAUAGUUUACGAAAGUGAUCGCCAAGCUUUGAUGGGCCCGGGACUGGAACCGACGCUGCAACGCUUCAUUGAUGCCUUGUCCAGACGAAUGUCCGUCUUGACGGCCACGGACUGGAUAGAGAUGGAAGACUUCUGGACCUUUAUCCAAAACACCGUUGCUACCGCUCAGAUCGAAGCCAUCUUCGGGCCCAAGCUCUUGGAAAUGCAUCCCGAUUUCAUCAGUCUAUUUUUUGAGUUUGAUCUUGUGGUACCUUCCUUGCUCAAAAUGCUUCCAUUUAGCAGGGCCGAGAGGAUCCGUUGCCAGCUCCAUGGCAAAUUCAGGUCGUGGUUAAGACAUACCAGGAGGAAUCACACCCAAGCAUCCAGCAACAAUGAUGGCGACCAUGACCCUCAUUGGGGCUGUCGCUGGACCCGAUACCGCCACGAGGCGUUUCAGCCCUUCUUCGAUGACGAUGCACUUGCAUCUCAUGAUGUCGGUGUGGCCUGGGGUGCACUAGGCAAUACAACCCCUUGCACGAUGAUGGCCAUUAUUCAUACGCUUCAAGAUGUCUCGCUCCAUAAACGCCUGAGAGGAGACCUAGAAGAGCUCUGUGGCGGUGAGUCCUUUCAAGAUGUACACCACAAAGCGUUCACAGGCCACAUUCUCCUAUCAGCUAUAUAUGCCGAGACACUACGGCUCCAUGUCAGCGUCUUCGUGCCAGUUCUUCCGCUUCACGGGGAGCUCGACUUGGGCAGGUGGCGCAUUCCUCAAGCUAGCUGGGGAUUUAUAAAUGCCGGCGUCGCACAUCACAACAAGGAUGUCUGGAAUACGAAAGGCGGUCUUUAUCCGGUAGACUCAUUUUGGGCGGAUCGGUUUAUAGUCGACCCAGCAGAUCCCUCGAGCGGACCGCUUAGGCAAGGGAAUCGAUACCAGCAUGACCUGUCUCAUGAUGACGAUAGCCAUGGCAGUAGGCCCCGAUUUUCUCUCGAGGGGCUCGAAGGUUCCUGGAUCCCUUUCGGCGGAGGACGAAACAUGUGCCCUGGCCGCUUCUUGGCUAAAGGUGUCAUCACAUCCGCCCUGGCUCUGAUGGUUAGUCAGUAUGACAUUGAGCUUCUCAUUGACGCAAUUCCAACGGGCAAAGACCGGUUUGGAAUCGCUAUAGAGCUGCCAACCCGCAAGAUUCCUUUCCGCAUCAGGAGGAGAAACGCGCUUAACACGCAUUAA